AUGCCGUCGCUGCCGUAUCGCCCAGCGCUGGCUCCUCGUGACGGCAUAUCCAGCUUCGAGUCUGUCCAAAGCUCCGAAUUCUAUUACAGUGACGAAGAUGUCGCUCUUCUGCACGAUAUCGUCACGGCCGCGCAGGAAAUUCUCGAAUUCCUUCCCGCUGGAGAGCGAUUGGCAACAAACGCACUAUUCCAGGCCUACGACGACAUUCUGCCGCUCCAUGGCCUCGACCCGGAAAAGGACCAACACAUUUCCCGCCUCGUCUUUCGGAUUGGCGGCGAACGCGGCGAUGGAUUGCUCGUGGAGAAACUCCGCGCCGUCCUAUCAAAGAUGGGUAUCGGACUCGAAUUCGACAGCCGCAGCGACGGCUCCAAGAUUCUCUCGGACCAUGGCAACGGCCCAGACUUCCACAGCGGUCCGCGUCACGAGGGGUCUGUUCAGCAGUCGCUCUCCCUAUCGGCGACCGAUCGCAACUCUGACUCGUCCGAAGAUGAGCCCUCCGAAGAGGAGCUCUCCGAAGAUGAGCCCUCAGCCCCCCAGCCAGCCCAUCAGGAAAAUGUCGCGUCUCCUCGUCAUCCGGCAUUUCACGAGACACACCACCUGGGUGAUUCCGGAUCUCCCCCAAGGUUGACGCGCACCGACCUGGGGCCGAACUCGUCGAGUUCAGAGCCAGCCACUUCUAUCAAAAAACCACAAUCACCACCACCGCCGCCGCCACCACAAAGUUAUACGACCUUGGCAGUUGAAAACACGGAGCAAACUGGUCAAAACAACCAUUCGAUUGCCAGUAACAACAAGCAACAGGUCUCUGGCGAUACUAUGGCUAAGCCUGUAAACCCUCCCAUCGGCGCUCCCGCGGAGAACGAAAACAAGACCCCGGCGCUCACUCGGUCCAAACCGGUGCGGAAAGUGAACUGGUUACUACCGCCGGAUAACACCACUGAGCCGAGUGGAAAUGGCGGCGGAGUUGUCCAUCUUGAGAACGAGCCCGUAGUCCGUGAGCCCGAUGUCCAAGAGCCGGCGAGGCAUGGACUUGCCGUUCAACAGCCUUUUGGGCAUAAGAUGGCCAUUCAGGGGCAUAUCACACACAACCCAGCCGAAGACCCUUUUGAGCAAGGGCAACCUGUCGAAGAACCUGGAAGCCAGGUCGAACAAGAGGAAGGACAGGAAACUGACCUGCAAACACGGGAAGACCUGGAAGCUGAGGCGCGGUAUACUCUACUGGAACGACAAUCGCGAAAGGCAGCUGGGUAUUUGCUACUCCUUAGAGGAAUAUCCCAUUGGGAGCAACAUGCUCUGGAUAAGCUUGAACGGACAGCUGUAGCCAGGAGACAUAUCAUGCGGAUGCGUCACUUCGAUUCGUGGGAGCUUGUGACGGCCGAGACCAGGUUCAAGGGCCGUCGCAUUUUUACAACACGACUUUUAACCCUGUGGCUCAGACGCGCAGACAAGGCGAUCUUAAAUGGACAUUGCGCCUUAGCUCAUGCUCAACGCAAAUCCGUCCAGAACGCUCUCAGCCAAUGGUCUGCCUCUUGUCCAACUCACAUUAAACCUCAACAUCCGUUCCGCCCCAUGAAUAUUUAUCUACAACACUGGCAUUCAGCCUGCGUCAUCUCUUCAAGACUGCAGCCACAUAUUGAAGUCCUACGUCAGAGGCAGGAGUUGUCACAGGCCACCAGGAUAUGGCACCGUCAGGCUUCAUCGCACAUCAAGGGCGUUGCGUCGUUCCGCCGAUUCAUUGUUGUCUGCGGUUCCCUGAGUCAGUGGCAUUUGUACACUCGGGUUGAGUUCUUCAGGGCCAAGUUGAGAGUCAGGCUCCUUCGUAGCUCGCUGUCAAGAUGGCAAGCCGCUUGUCAGGCACCGCCAUCCCUUGGCGAGGCCAAUUUGUACGGUCGUGGCAAGCAUGUCGACUCUCAAGGUGGCCAGGCGCCACGGACACGGCAACCGCGAGGCGGGAAAUUCCUUAUGGACUUGUCAGAUCGCAUGCUAAAAACCAAGGUCCUGGGCAAUUGGCAACGGCAGGCUUCGCUGUUAGCCAAGACCAGCACAAGAUCUCGCCGGUUUGCAGUGCAUCAAGGAGCGCAAAAGGCCUUGGAGUCAUGGCAUUUUGAUGUUGAUUACAACAGAAGCCUCAAUACGUGGUCGAAGCGUGGGUGCUUCUACGUCAGUGCCACCCACGCGUUGAAGACAUGGCGCCUAAAGGUAUCCUGGAGAUCCAGUACUCGAAAAUUAUACGCGCAGUGCAGAAAACACGUCAAGGCUACCUUUACCAAAGGUCACCUCGGCCGCUGGAAGAUAGUUACUCGUGCACAUGGCAACAUCAGCUGGGAGGCGAUUCAACAUCACGGUUUGGUUGAACGGGCUCGCCUCGUUCGCAUGAUGGAAACAUGGCGAGAGAAGAGCAGAAACGAUUGGGGUGCAGGCAGGCUUUUGACCGCCGCAUGGGUUAAUGAAUGGCAGAGCAUGUCGCAAGAUCACGCGGGGACACAGGACCUUGCCAAUCAGGCCUGGGGACUGACACUCAAGUCUCGGUAUUGGAGCCAGUGGCAAUCGACCUUGCUACAGCUCAAGAGCCGCGAAUACGUCGCACUCGAUGUCCGGGAGAGGAACAGUAAGAAAGUGGUGCGGCGACUUCUGCUUCACUGGAAAGGGGAUAGGGAUUUCUCCACGUCGCAGCAGUCGACUGCCACGCGACCCAACCUUGCAAGUUCGCGGAGAGGUGUUGGGUUCGGACUCGGUCACAGCUCGGUACCACUCUCGAGGGCAGUUCACGAGCGAGCCGGCGGUUUAUCACUCAGGGGUUCCAAUAUCCAAGAGGUCGGUCCGGCCGUCGAGGACGAGGAUCAUGACGGCGCGGGGUCAGGGCCCGACGUCGAUGGGGUCGUCAUGGACACGCCGACGCGAUGGACAGGCAUGGCAUCUUCUGUCAGGCUACCUUCCAUGACACCAUUCGCGCCGCUAACGACGCCGUUCGAGCGGCAGCUUCGGGAGCGUUACAACCAGAGCAUGCCUCCAGCUCCAACAGGCCAGCUGAGCAGGCUUUCCUUUGCACAGGCGCAGAGACUCUCCGUGGCAGAUACGCGACGGGCGCCCGAUGAUAGCAUGCCAGAAGGGUCCAGCAGCAAAAAGUAA